AUGACCCAAGAUAGUGCUGCCCAUGUGAGGGCUUUAGUUUUAGAUGCAACACCGUUGAUUACGCAAUCUUAUACGCACUACCAGCAUUAUGCUCAGACUUUUUAUACCUGUCCAACAGUGUUCCAUGAGAUCAAGGAUGCUAACGCCAGGAAAAACCUUGAGAUCUGGCAAUCUUUGGGGACACUGAAUUUGAGGCAUCCAAAACAGGAGUCAAUCGACCGUGUGAGCGCCUUUGCUAGACUUACAGGUGAUUAUUCUGUAUUGAGCGCUAACGAUAUUCACAUUCUAGCUCUGAGUUAUGAGCUUGAAGUUGAGCUUAACAAGGGUGAUUGGAGACUGCGGAAGAAGCCCGGCGAUUCAUUAGACCAUUUGAAUGAAGAAGUUAAGGAGAAGGACGAAGAGCAUAAGAAAGAGACUAAAGCUGACGAUUUCGAAGAGACUAAACCAAAGAAAAACCAUAGAAGAGGUGGAAAGAAGCAAAGGGCCAAGAGGGAGGCUGCUGCCGCUGCUGCUGCUGCUGCCAUGGAAGAAGGGUCUAAGGCAGAGGGUGUUGAGGAGGAUACCAAUGCAGAAGACGAGGAUGAAGACGAUGGAGAAUGGAUCACUAUGGACAAUUUGACAGAAGUGAUAAUAAGAGAUAGCGGAGAGGACACUACGGGCUCGAAUGGUGUGGAAGCCACGGAGGAAGAACGAGCAUUAGCACUUACCUCCCCUAAGAACCAAGUUGCACUGGCAACCGGUGAUUUUGCCGUUCAGAACGUCGCAUUGCAACUCAACUUGAACUUGAUGAACUUCAUGUCCGGUCUAAGGAUCAAGAAACUACGUAACUACAUGUUGAGGUGUCAUGCCUGUUUUAAACUAUUCCCCAUGCCAAAGGACGGCAACCCAAAGCAUUUCUGUCCUUCCUGCGGUGGUCAAAACACAUUACUAAGAUGUGCGGUCUCUGUCGACUCAGAUACAGGUGUAAUAACGCCGCAUCUCAAGGCAAACUUCCAAUGGAACAACAGAGGUAAUAGGUUCUCCCUACCCAGCCCAUUAUCCAAGAACUCGCAGAAACGUUACGGUAAGAAAGGUUGCGUCCAUUCCAAACCCCAGGAUGGAGGAUUAAUUGUCAGAGAAGAUCAGAAAGAAUACGAGAAGGUUAUGAAGCAGGAUGACUGGACCAGAAGACACAACGAAAAGGUCUUGAACGAAUGGAUCGGUGGUGGAUCAGCAGACAACUACAUGUCGCCAUUCGCCAUCUCGGGACUGAAAAGUCAUAGUGUGCGUGUCGGAAGAGGUAGAUACGUCAACAGUAACAAUAAAAAACGUUGA